AUGGUUCUUCACAACCCCAACAACUGGCACUGGGUCAACAAGGACGUCUCCGGCUGGACCAAGGAAUAUCUGGAGAAGGACCUUGUUGGAAUCAAGGCAGAGAAGGAUGGCGCAUCGGCUGAAAUUUCGAAGCUGUUGAGCCAGGAGGGUGACGUCGAGGUCGCACAACGCAAGGGCAAAGUUAUCACCAUCUUCGACCUCAAGUUGCAACUCGAGUAUACCGGCAAGACCAAGGAGGACGAGGCUGUCAGCGGUACCAUCACCAUCCCCGAGGUUGCACACGAUACCGAGGAGGAUGAGUACGUUUUCGAAAUUGAGAUGUAUUCCGAGUCUUCCUCCAAGACAGCCGUCAAAGAUGUCGUCCGAUCGCAAAUCACAUCGCAACUUCGCGCUCGUUUCCAGCAAUUGGGCCAUGCCCUGAUGGAUGCUCACGCCAAAGACAUUCAGCAUGCUGCUGGUCACAAGCCUGCCUUCACACCUGCCAAGGUCUACUCCAGCUCAUCCGUCAACAAGUCGAGCGAAGAGUCCAAGUCCUCGACUACAACCACCACCAACGGCAAGGGCCCCGCCGUCAACGUGACCAGCCUCAGCGACCAGCAAGAAUUCCGUUGCGACGCACCCAUGCUCUUCCAGAUCCUCACCGACCCUCAGCGUAUCGCUGCCUUCACACGCGCACCCCCGAAGACCUUCGAGGGCGCCAGACCCGGCGGCAAGUUCGAAAUCUUCGGCGGAAACGUCAGCGGAGAGUACGUCGAGCUAUCAGAGCCUACAAAGAUUGUGCAGAAGUGGCGUUUGGCCCAGUGGCCCCAGGGUCACUACAGCACCCUGAACAUUGCCUUUGAGCAGAACAAUGUCGACUCUGUCACCAUCAUGCGUGUCGAUUGGACUGGUGUCCCUGUUGGCGAGGAGGAGGCCACCAAGCGCAACUGGGAGAACUACUACGUGCGCUCUAUGAAGCAGACCUUCGGCAUUGGCUCCAUCCUGUGA